AUGGUAUCCACAAUCGAAGAUAUGAAAAAAAGCCCGGAAAUCCCUGAUGCCCAAAUCGUCGAGGGCCAGAUCGAAGCAUGCCAAGGUCUCCAUCGACGUCUCGAAAAUAAACAAAUUCAACUUAUCGCCAUCGGUGGCUCUAUAGGAACAGCAUUGUUCGUCACUAUAGGGAACGGCCUUGCUGCAGGCGGACCUGCGAGUUUGGUUUUGGCGUAUUCCGCAUACUGCCUAGUGCUGGCGUGCGUCAAUAACUGCAUCGCUGAGAUGAACACGCUACAUCCAGUUCCUGGCGGCUUCAUCCGUCUCGCUGGCAAGUGGGUCGAUGAUGCAAUGGGGUUCAUGGUGGGGUGGAAUUUCUUCAUCUACGAGGCUUUGAUGAUACCUUUCGAGAUUACAGCCAUCAGUCUGAUUCUGAGUUACUGGAGAGAUGACAUUCCUGUUGCUGCUGUCUGUGCAACAUGCACCUUUCUCUACGGCCUCAUCAAUGCUCUUGCCGUUUCUACCUUCGGUGAAGUUGAAUUCUUGCUUUCAUCUGGAAAAGUCAUUUUGCUCUUUAUACUCUUCCUAUUCACAUUCAUUACCAUGGUUGGUGGAAAUCCUCAGCACGACGCGUAUGGGUUCCGAUACUGGAAAGACCCCGGGCCUUUUGCCCCGCACCAUACUGCUGGCGACAUUGGUCGAUUUGAAGGCUUCCUUGCUGCUCUCUGGUCUGCUGCCUUCUGCAUAGUGGGACCUGAAUACAUAUCUAUAGCAGCAGCAGAAACCAAACGCCCUCGCGUCUAUGUCAAAGCCGCAUUUCAGACAGUCUAUUGGCGCUUCGGACUAUUUUUUGUCUGCAGCGCCCUUUGUGUUGGGAUUGUCAUCCCAUGGAAUGACCCGACGCUCCAAGCAAUCUUGAAUGGCGAAAGCAACAAGAAAGGAGCCGGAGGUUCUCCGUAUAUCUUGGCUAUGACGAAUCUACAUGUAGACGUUCUGCCACAUAUCGUCAAUGCACUUCUGGUGACAUCCGUCUUCUCCGCGGGAAAUACACUGACAUAUUGUGCUUCUCGUUCGCUUUACGGUCUGGCUCUCGAUGGACGCGCCCCAAGAAUCCUGGCCAAGACUAUGAAAGGAAACCCAAUUUACGCCUUAAUCGUCGUGAUAUGUUUUCCAUUUCUGUCUUUCCUGCAGUUAUCAAAUAACACGUCGCAAGUCCUCACCUGGCUUGUCUCGUUAGUGACAGCUGGCGCUCUCAUUAACUAUUUAGUUAUAUGUGUAACUUACAUCAGGUUCCACGCAGCUUGCAAGCGUCAAGGUGUUAACCGCCGCACUUUCCCAUAUUUCGGCCAUUUUCAGCCAUACUGUGCAUGGAUUGGAGGAGCAGCAAUGAUUAUUGUUUUACUCUUCUACGGAUACACGAAUUUUGCUCCAUGGAGCGUCCAAGGCUUCUUUCAGAACUAUACUAUGCAGCUCGUGGCACCUGUCUUGUAUAUUGGAUGGAAGAUUGCCCAUAGAACAAAAGUUGUGGAACUCGAUGAUAUUGAUUUGGUGUGGGACAGUCCACAGAUUGAUUCUUAUGAGGCCUCUUUUUUGGAUAAGCCUUUGGGUUUCUGGGCGGAUGUUAUUCGGACACUUCGCAUGAGGUCGAAGAAACCAAGUCUAGAUGAGACAUAG